UUCUCUUUGAAACAGUUCUGUGCCCAGGAAUCAGUUCCUCAUGCUAAACUGGAGCAUCCUGCAGCGUACAGUGUGUACAGAAUUUGCACUUGCAAACAAUGUGGAAAGGAGGCAGAUGGGAAGGAUUGUCUAGUAUGUGAUUCUUGUGAAGAAAUGUACCAUGUGUCCUGCAUUGAGCCUGCUGUCAAGGAGAUUCCCCCAAGAAGCUGGUAUUGUGCAAAAUGCACAGCCAGUGGAAUUGGAUCACCUCAUGAGAACUGUGUAGUAUGUGAGAAGGUUAAUGCCCCUAGGACCUUAAUUAGUCAUGGUGUUAAUGAUAUUAGUCCAACAAAUGGUGAGCCAUUUUAUGAGAUUGAAGAGAAUUCAAAUGGUAGUAUGGAGAAUGGGCUUCAAAUGUCAGAAGAGAGCAAAAACAACUCUAUGUGCAAGGUUUGUGGCGGGGAGGUAGAGGAUGGUGAAAAGUUCAGGAUGUGUGGUCAUUCCUUCUGUGUUAGCAAAUAUUAUCAUACAAGGUGCCUGACAACUAAGCAGUUAAAAUCAUAUGCUGCCUGUUGGUACUGCCCUUCUUGUCUCUGUAGAAUUUGCCUCAAUGACAAAGAUGAUGAUAAGAUUGUUCUAUGUGAUGGUUGUGAUGAUGCAUACCAUAUUUACUGCAUGAAACCACCUCGCACUUCAAUUCCAAGGGGCAAGUGGUUUUGCAGAAAAUGUGAUGGUGGUAUACAGAGAAUACGCAAAGCAAAAAGAGCAUUCGAAAAAUUUGAAAAUAAACAGAAAGAGAGGGGUGGAGACAGUGAAAAGGAAAAUGAAGUAUCUGAAAAGCAACAGUGCGAGAAUGAGAAAGAAGAAUCGGACAAGGGAAGAGGAGGAAUGGACAUGCUCUUGUCUGCGGCCAAUACUCUAAACUAUGAAGAGAAGAUGGCUGCCAUUCAGAUAAAGAAUUAGAAGGAAGUUUGAUAUUGAAGAAUGACUUGUCUAGUAUGUUUACUUGCUGAUUCCCAAAAAUUUAUUUCCGGUGCAAUUUUUUGGGGGACAAAUAUUUUGGUAGGUUGUAAAGCACUAGAUCUACUGACUUUUGGAUAGAUAACUCAGUGACAACAUGAUUCCAAAGGCUGUAUAUCGCUGGCUAGCAUCCCAUGAAUCAGGAUCAGGGGGGAAAAGCAUUAGAUUCAUUUUGUGCAAAUGACCCUUUAAACAUUUUGGAGGAUAUUUUGCCCACUUUGUACUAAGCAGUAUAUACUUUUGAAGAGGAGUCCUCAAAAAACAGUGUUUCUCACUCUUGUUAAGUGUUGUAAAAUGAAGAAAUUGUGACUAAAGCAAACUGAAUUAGUAAUGAAGUGGAAGGAUUAUUCUCUGUC